UAGGAGGUAGGAUGUGUUUCUAGCCGGGAUAUCUCGCCGUGACUGGCACCUUGCGGAUCAGUUGGCAAUAGUGAAGCUAAGAAAUUGGUCAGUCCAGUUUAUAAGUGUCUCCUUCCCUGGAUACAGUGAUCCUCACCAGCCACUUAUGCAAUACCGGGCAGUUCAGGUUUCAUCGCCUUCUGCGGGAGCCAUGACAUCUCCAAUGCGCCCCACGAGCGGUCCGAAGCCCCUUCACGCGACGCCCUCACACCCCCAGGGCCUACCCGCCUCUCUCUCCCCCUCCGGAGGCAACAGCAGCGUGGUGACUCCCUCGUUCCAGGGACCUCCAGCCGCGUCAUCGUCACCCUCCAGGCAUGGAGUAGGAGGAGGCGGUUCGGGUCACGUCCUCCUCAGCAGUUCUCCUCCAGUAGGGCAUUCUCAGUCGAGGACGGCCCACGCACAUCUCGUCAUGUCCCCGUCGCAAAUGCAGGGGAUCCCAGGACCCCGAGGAGUGGUGUCUUCACCCUCGAGGUCGACCCAGAUGCUGCCCUCGCAUUCGCCUCAAGGGUCACCCUCAGCCCUGUUGCCCUCGAACUCUGUUCCUUGCAGAAUGUCGCCCUCCAGCGUCCCUCUACAUCAACAGCGUCUCGCCGCAUUGCAGAGGGACGUCAACCCGUCUGGGCGCCUGAAGGACAACCCUCCUUCUUCAGUGACUUCUUCUGCGUCCCCUAACUUGCCAACGACGCCAGCCUCCGUUGGACCACCUGUCACUCCCACGAGCGCAGGUUCCUUCACUGGGCUUCUUCAGGAGAUGGGUAUGAUGCCCAUCAAGGAGGAGGACCUCACUGACGAGUCCAUAGGCGAUGACGAAGAGGACUUUGACGACUUCGAAGAGCAGGAGGAAGUCAGCGACGACGGAGGAAGGAAAAGGAAGAAGCAGAAGAUGGACCAGGGGGAGGAGGAGGAGGCUGGCUCGGAUAGAGAACUUGACGAGACCCGCCGUCAGAAGGGAGGAAACGUGGGCGGCGGGGGCAGUGUCAGGGGCGCCGCCGGCAGGAGCCGCGCCAAGAGCCCCAAGCACCUGGCCCGCAUCCGACGGAACCGGAGGAUGAAGGCGAACGACCGGGAGCGCCAUAGGAUGCAUAUGCUCAACAACGCCCUCGACAGACUGCGCACCGUCCUGCCCACGGCGCCCGACGACACCAAGCUGACGAAGAUCGAGACGCUGCGCUUCGCCUACAACUACAUCUGGGCGCUGAGCGAGACCCUCAAGGGGUUCGACGCCCAUGCGCCCCCCUCCGCCCACCACCACCACCACCAAUCCUCGCAGCAGCAGCAGCCGCCGCAGCAUCAUCUGAGCCUCAGUGUGGGCGUGGCCGGCAACCCCAUACCCAGCCAGGUGGUGCCCGGGGAUGUGGCGAUCUACCCUGGGGCGUCUCUGGGGUCGGCAACUCCUUAUUGUAUGGACGCUGUCGAGGGCGACCAUUGGGGAGCGACGGGGAACAUUGGACCGUUUCAUCCGUCGUCGAAUCACGCCCAGUACAUGAACUACCCGAGUGUGCCCUAUCAGUGCCUUUGAUGGGCAGUGAUGUUUUGUUUCCGUUUAUCUUUCCGACUUCGUUUCACUGGGAAUUUCUUCCUUCCCUCAUUUCUUUGCAGUUGUCUGUUUUGUGCAAUACUUU